CGGGAGGCGGCUCAGGGAAAGAGCGAGUGGAACGGCUCUCGCUCCCCGGAGGCUUUCUGGGCAGGGGUUUCUUGCCCUUCCGCAGCUGGCAGGAGGCUCGGGGCCGGCGCUGCGCUACUCCAUGCCGUUUUCCUGGCGUCUGUUGGAUUUGUGGGGCAUGGCUCGUGUCGGGGUGGGGAGCCCCAGCACGCGUGUGCUGCCGGCGGCGUGCUCCUCACGCUGCUCUGUGGUUCAGCUCCUCUCAGCUCAGAUUGGUCCAGCAGUUCCUGCUGGGGGCGGGAGGGGGCGCUGCGGGGUACUCGGAUAAAAAAGUGGAAACCGCCAGUUGUACUUUGGACAAAGGUUUAGUAAAUGAUGAAAGUAGGGAACCAUGGGGUGCCUGGGUGGCUCCGUCGGGAAGCCUCAGACUCUUGAUUUCGGCUGCGAUCACGAUCUCGUGUUUGCGGGAUCAGCCCCGUGCGGGGGCUCUGCCCUGACGGCGGGGGCCUGCUUGGGAUUCUCCGUCUCUGCCCCUCCCCUGCUCACGUGGCGCGCGCGCUCUCAAACUUUGUUUUUAAAAAAGAAGAAAGUAGAGAACCAGGUGCGGAGUAACCCCUGCUUUCGGAAUGGAUCUUCCCUCUUCCAGCCGCAGCCUCCUCCUUCCCAUACCUUACUUUGUUUACCUUUGACUGGAUGGAUGUGCUCAAAUAAGGGCAGGACAGCAAACAAAAAUCCAUCAUCUUAAUUUGUUUUGACUUUUAAUUAGCUGAGGCUUUUUGGAUGUGCUCGAAUAAGGGCAGAACGACAAACAACUAUCCGUCCCCUUAAUUUGUUUUGAUUUUUAUUUAGGUGAGACGUUGUCCAGGGACAUGCUGCCCCCCAGCCCCCAAAUCCUACCUCCUGGGAUAAAAGCAGAUACUGAGAUGGUAUCACAUAAUUGGCAUUUAAUUACAGUUUGUCUUGCAUGGUGAAUUGUUGGUUCACAGCUGUUAGUUUUGCUUUUCAACCACAAGCCUGAAAGCUGAAGCCUGGUAUUCUUUUCUAGAACACUAAAACGGGUGAAAGAUGAGUGAGCAUUUAUUAGUAACUAUUAUUUUUCCUAUGCCUACUUUUCCUUCCAUCCCCUCCCUGCCCUAGUUGCUGUGAAAUACUUCUUCCAUUUAAAGUUUACUCUUCUUCCUGUGGUUAGUAAUCACCUCUUUUGAGUAGCAACUCACCGUCCCUGCAUAACAGGCCAGAGCAGGAUAUAAUUAUUCACAGUCCAGUUUGUUGUUGGCUUUGCCUUUCCGUUUUCAAGGACGCUUAGCAGGGAAUUGAAAGUCGGUGUUGGAUCCUGCAUUGAGGGUUUCAUUUGAAUUUCUCAUAUUGUCUUACCUUCAGCAAGUAUCACUGCCUUUUACCCAACUUCACCUCUUCUGUUUCUCAGUCUUUUGGACCACUCCACGAAGGACUGUGACAGCUAUUCAUUCCCUAUUUGAAUUUUAACAUCGUUAACAUUUUAACAUUGUGAACAGAAUAAUUUUACGAGGAGAAAAUGACUGCAGUAAAUGAGAGAGAAUGCUUCUGGAGACCCAGAACUACUACUGACUCUGAAGCAGAAAUGAUACUUCCUGAGCUGCGAAUAAUGAAAAUUUCAUGUGAACUGCCAUGUGAUCUGCACAGUCUGUUCACCUUGCUGGACUGAGGGCCACAUGGGGAGAGGAAACAUGCUCUCUGUGUUGAUAUUUGAAAGCUGAUCUGUUUUGUCAUAUGCCCUGGGCUGAGAGUUAUGUCAUGUGUCAUCAUGUGCCCUGUCUACUCAGAGCCUUCUGGGGUCUUCAAUGAAAUUUAUCCAGUAUGGACUUACUCGUACCUGGUGCUGCUGUUUCCUGUGUUCCUUGCCACAGACUACCUCCGGUACAAACCCGUCAUCCUGCUACAGGGACUCAGCCUUAUUGUCACGUGGUUCAUGCUGCUCUACGCCCAGGGACUGCUGGCCAUUCAGUUCUUGGAGUUCUUCUAUGGCAUCGCCACAGCCACUGAAAUCGCCUAUUACUCUUACAUCUACAGUGUGGUAGACCUGACCAUGUACCAGAAGGUCACGAGUUACUGUCGGAGUGCCACCUUGGUGGGCUUUACGGUGGGCUCCGUCCUCGGGCAGAUCCUCGUCUCCGUGGCAGGCUGGUCCCUGUUCAGCCUGAAUGUCAUCUCUCUUACCUGUGUCUCGGUGGCUUUUGCCGUGGCCUGGUUUCUGCCCAUGCCACAGAAGAGCCUGUUCUUUCACCACGUUCCUUCCACUUGCCAGAGAACGAAUGGCAUCAAGGCACAGAAUGGCGGCUUUGUAACCAACACUACGGCUGCAAACCACCUUCCAGGGUGGGAGGACCCGGAGUCAAAAAUGCCUCUAAAUACGGAGGAGCCGGAACCCACGCCAGAGCGGCUCCUCGUGCUGAAGGUCCUGUGGGAUGACUUCCUGAUGUGCUACUCCUCCCGGCCUCUGCUCUGCUGGUCUGUGUGGUGGGCCCUGUCCACCUGCGGCUACUUCCAGGUCGUGAACUACGCCCAGGGCCUGUGGGAGACGGUGAUGCCCUCUCGCGAUGCUGCCAUCUACAACGGCGGCGUGGAGGCCGUGUCCACCCUCCUGGGUGCUGUUGCCGUGUUUGUAGUCGGCUACAUAAAAAUAUCCUGGUCCACCUGGGGGGAGAUGAUGCUGUCUCUGUUUUCUCUGCUCAUCGCCGCCGCGGUCUACAUCAUGGAUACCGUGCAGAACAUCUGGGUGUGCUACACGUCCUACGUCGUCUUCAGGAUCAUCUACAUGUUACUCAUCACUAUAGCAACUUUUCAGAUCGCUGCCAACCUCAGCAUGGAGCGCUACGCCCUAGUGUUUGGUGUCAAUACCUUCAUUGCGCUGGUCCUGCAGACCCUGCUUACUCUCAUCGUGGUGGAUGCCAGCGGCCUCGGCUUAGAAAUUACCACCCAGUUCCUGAUCUACGCCGGUUAUUUUGCACUCAUCGCUGUGGUUUUCCUGGCCAGUGGUUCAGUUAGUAUUAUGAAGAAAUGCAGAAAGCAAGAAGACGCAGAAUCAAGUUCUCGAGUAACCACUUUGUGAUACACUGCUUAGCAAACUCUGCACAGCAACUGUGCCUGGAUAUAUUUAAUUUUUUAGUAUGUAGACGUGUUUAUGAACGUGCUUUUUAAGGCUUCAGAGCAGCCAAUUGACUCUACCUUGUGCUCCUAGAGUAACAAUCCUGUUUAGGGGAGUCAGAGGCAAAGUUUAUCUCGCGGAUUAUUUAUGGAAGCUAAUUUAAGGAUUACUGUCUUCUGAUAACAAAAGUGAACUUGAUUUUGAAAACCGGGUACUCAAGAGCACUCAAGCAACACGUGGCAUUUAUACUUGACAGUGAGUCUGGUGUCUCAGAGGCCUGGUUCGGGACCAGGGCUCUGCGGGCCACAGGAUACUAUGUUCCAACAGCACCUGUGUCUGUUCAACUUCACUCGUAUCUCUUUGUUACUCAUGUGCAUUUGUGUUUCUACAGAUGAAAGUUGUUUUUAUCACCGGCAAUAUUUGCUCUGGUUUGGUGUUCUGUCCUAUUGGGAAUGUGUGUCAUUUCUAAUUUUUAGUUAUUUUUAAAACACUUAUUGUAUGAAUGUUCUCAGUUUCCAUCUUGACAAUUUUGUAUUUGUGUAGAUUGUCUUUAGAAGUACACUUUUGCGUUAUUCAUAUGCUUCCCAGAGAAGCUCUUUUAGUUAGAAAAUAAGGCAAGUUUUGAGGCCUGCUGAUAAAUCGAAAUGAAGACACCUAAUCAGAAAACUUAAGCUCUAUUUGCCUAUCUUUUAGCCUUGAGUAUGAAGGACUAUUAAUCCUAUAAGGAGAAGAUCAUCUAUGAGCUAAAGAUACCACUAGCCCAACCAGCUCAUUUUGUAUUUGCACUCCCUUUUAUUUCCAGAAUAAAAUGAGAAGUCUUUUUUUUUUUUAAUAUCUUCAUCCCUAUUUAUAGUUUUUAUAUGCUUUGUCCUUCUUAUCCAAGAUCAAGAUGUCAUUAGGAGUUAGGUUUGUUGGAUUAUUACAAGGCCUUUUCAAAAACUGAGACUCUUUUUGAUUAUUUCAGUGGGACAGGAACUAGGAUAGACCUGAUUCCUGCAUUUUGUACAUUAAAUCUGCCUUUGUUUCGAAGGGCGGAUCAUCUUGGAAUAUCUGCUUAAAAUAAUAAUUGCUAGUGGUUCCAUUUCCAGGGUACUUGGAAAAAAUGUUGUGUAUACAUUUAAUUCUGUCAUUAGUCUACCAAGUGGCUGCUGGUGUAUGUGAGUCAUGAUAACUAUUUGAAAGCCAACUUUGUUGCCUUAUCUUGAAAAAAAACCUAGGUUAAUUUAUUUAGAAUAACACAGGUACACAGUGUGAAUACUAGUUUCAAGAUUCCGGAAUUGACAUAUGUGUUUCGUGUAAGUGGCAAUUCCAGAAGUAAAUGCAGAUGAGUAUAGGUCAUUUGCCAUUCACCUUCCCUUCUGAUCAAGGGAAGGAAAAGAACACUAAGGGAAGGGGAAGCGAUAUUAUGAAAGUACAGCCUCUAAUUUUAUACCUUAUCUUUGGUUUUGCUGCGUAGGGAAUUGUUCACUCAGAAACAAGUAGAGAAGUGAUGUUCAAGGGACUUUAUUUAAUGCUUUUUAAUAAAAUGGGCCGCGGUACAAUCACAUCACUCAUGUUACCAAAGCAAUAUUUCCCUAGAAUUCAAUUCAAAGUUUGUGGUGCACAACUGGAGCCUUGACUUAUUGAAGACAAUAACAAGGUCAUCUCCCGGCACAUGACCAUACUUAUAGAACGCCCAGACCAGUUUGCAAGUUGUGCUGUGUGCAGUUUUGCAGAGAAGUGAAAAAAAUCUGUACAUUUUAUCCAACUCUGUAUAAAUUAUGAAAUUAUUUUUAUUAAAUAAAUAUUUUACAACCUA